AUGCAGACUUCUGUUUCCGUGGUGCCCGCAGCCCUUCGGCGCGGCGACACUAUCGCCUUUGUCGCCCCCUCUGCGCGUAUUAAUCAUAUUUUCCCUCUACGCAUUGCCCGAGCGCGCGCCUUUCUGGAAGCACAAGGCUUCCGCGUCCGUGAAAUCUACUCACCUGAGCUUCCUACAACCUCGUUCCGUGCUGCUCUCAAGACAAGAGUGGAUGAACUGCAUGAAGCUUUUCGUGACGAUGAAGUGCGCUGUAUUAUAUGCUGUAUUGGCGGGCUGACUGCCAAUGAGAUCCUGCCCCAUCUUGACUAUGAGUUGAUUCGCGAGCAUCCCAAGAUUUUCAUAGGCAGUUCGGAUAUUACAUUGCUGCAUCAUGCCUUGCUUACUGGUGCUGGAUUACGGACUUUCUAUGGAGCAAGUGCAAUUGUGCAGUUGGGUGAAUAUCCUGCCCCGCUGGACUUUACUUGGGAACACUUCCUUCGUGUGUUAGUUUCAGAGGGGGAAGGGAACGGCGCACUCACACAAGAAGUUGGGUUUAUGCCUCGGGCGACUCAUUAUACUGAUGAAUUUCUUGACUGGUCCGGCGAGCCUGGCAAUCUCCGCGCUCGUGAGACUACACCAGCUCCGGGGUGGAAAUGGCUUCGUCCUGGUCGAGCACAGGGCCGUAUCUUUGGCGGCUGUUUACCUAGCGCCUUGCAGUUGUUCGGCACCCCAUGGCAAGUGUCAUACAAGGGCCGGAUUUUACUCCUCGAGCUCCCAGAAGGCCUGAAACCCGACAGCCCGUGGCCAUUAGAGCUGGUUCGCUGGAACCUGGCGGAUCUAGGAACCCGGGGUGUGUGGGACGACAUCACGGGAUUAAUCCUGGGUAGACCGUACAGACACACAGAGGAGCAGGCGGCUGAGUGGGAGAAGACGGUACUUGAGAUCACGGAGGGUUAUGAAUUCCCUAUUCUUGCUGGUGUGGACGUGGGGCAUACCGAUCCGAUGUUGACGGUGCCGCUGGACGCGUUGUGUCGGCUGGAUAGUGAGAAGGAUGAGUGGUUUAUUUUGGAGAGAGGAGUUGAAAACAAGUAG